AGGUCUGCUUGGAUAUCGCUUUUUGCUUUAAAAAACAAAAAGUCAAACCUUUGCUUCCCGGCCACCUGCUGAAGUGUGUUUUCUGAAGAGCCCUGAAGACUCUUUAUUACCCGCAGCCAGACACAGUCAGAGCCAGGUACUUCUCAGGCCAGGCACGACGGCAGCGUGAGCGAAUUUGAAGCAAUAGGAAAGAGCCCUUGUAUGCGACGCUCCCAGCCUGAGCGUUCCCCAAGCCGGUUGGCCAGGCAACUGUGCGGGCAGAAACCCUUGGGACUGUGGUCACAUUCCUCCGAAGCCAGCAGCCACCACUGGAGGCAUUGGGAGGACCCCGGGAUGCUGCAGGUGCUGGGGCAUUUUCUGUCUGGCUUCCUCCCCAGAGCUGGGUGCCAGGGCACCAGAGAGGGCUCGGAUCACGGAGUCAGAGGCACCCAGGGAGAACAGAUGUCAAGCUUUUUGGGCAAACAGGAUGGAAGGGCUGAAGUCCCGGAAAAGAGACCCACCAUCUUGCUGGUGGUUGGACCGGCAGAGCAGUUUCCUAAGAAAAUUGUUCAGGCUGGCGACAAGGACCUCGAUGGACAGCUGGACUUCGAAGAGUUCGUGCACUACCUCCAAGACCACGAGAAGAAACUGAGGCUGGUGUUCAAGAGUUUGGACAAGAAGAAUGAUGGACGGAUUGAUGCCCAGGAGAUCAUGCAGUCCCUGCGGGACCUGGGAGUCAAGAUCUCAGAGCAGCAGGCGGAAAAAAUCCUCAAGAGCAUGGAUAAGAAUGGCACGAUGACCAUCGACUGGAAUGAGUGGCGGGACUACCACCUCUUGCACCCCGUGGAGAACAUCCCCGAGAUCAUCCUCUACUGGAAGCAUUCCACGAUCUUUGAUGUGGGUGAGAACCUGACAGUCCCGGAUGAGUUCACAGUGGAGGAGAGGCAGACGGGCAUGUGGUGGCGGCACCUGGUGGCAGGAGGUGGGGCGGGGGCCGUGUCGAGGACCUGCACGGCCCCUCUGGACAGGCUCAAGGUGCUCAUGCAGGUCCACGCCUCCCGCAGCAACAACAUGUGCAUUGUGGGUGGAUUCACCCAGAUGAUCCGCGAGGGAGGUGCCAAGUCCCUGUGGCGGGGCAAUGGCAUCAAUGUCCUCAAAAUUGCCCCAGAAUCGGCCAUCAAAUUCAUGGCAUAUGAGCAGAUCAAGCGACUGGUUGGCAGUGACCAGGAGACAUUGCGGAUCCACGAGAGGCUUGUGGCGGGCUCCCUGGCUGGCGCCAUUGCACAGAGCAGCAUCUACCCCAUGGAGGUUCUGAAGACGCGCAUGGCCCUGCGGAAGACGGGCCAGUACUCGGGCAUGCUGGAUUGUGCCCGCAGGAUCCUGGCCAGGGAAGGGGUAGCCGCCUUCUACAAAGGCUAUGUCCCCAAUAUGCUGGGAAUCAUCCCUUAUGCCGGCAUCGACCUGGCCGUCUACGAGACACUCAAGAACACCUGGCUGCAGCGCUAUGCGGUGAACAGUGCUGACCCUGGCGUGUUUGUGCUCCUGGCCUGCGGCACCAUCUCCAGCACCUGUGGCCAGCUGGCCAGCUACCCACUGGCCCUGGUCAGGACCCGGAUGCAGGCACAAGCCUCCAUUGAGGGUGCCCCCGAGGUGACCAUGAGCAGCCUCUUCAAGCAGAUCCUGCGGACAGAGGGCGCCUUUGGGCUGUACCGGGGGCUGGCCCCCAACUUCAUGAAGGUGAUCCCAGCCGUAAGCAUCAGCUAUGUGGUGUAUGAGAACCUGAAGAUCACCCUGGGCGUGCAGUCGCGGUGAUGACGGGGCAGGCGGCGACUCGCGGAUCCCGGCCGGGCCGGGGUGUAGAGCCAUCUCAUUCUGUGAAUGUGCUAACACUAAGACGACUGAAGCCAAGCUAUGGGACCUUGGAUGCGUCAUAGGGGGACACUGGCGGGCCCUUGGGCUUUUCCUGCUGACCUGGUAGACCCUGUGCCCUUUCCAGGGAAGACCCAUGGGCAUUGCUCAGGGUCCAGGGUCAGCAGGAGCCCAGGCUCACAGGCCUCGGGACAGGACGUUCCCUGCAGUGCCUGCCAAAUAGCGAGCUUGGAGGCCGGCUUGCUGCUUCCGUCUCGCCCUCCUCCAGCUGGCCAGGCCUCCCUGUGCCCACUGUGCACCCUGCCUCUUGAUUUGCUGUAGCAGGAGGAGGGCGCGUGCUGCUCACACCCCUCCUUGUGCCCCACCCUUGGUGCAGGGUGCGAGGCACUCCUGCCUCCGCUGCCAGGGGUGCCGAGGCAGGUGCGGGGAGUUGGGGCUCUCACUCACACGCCUGCCUCGGGUUAAAGCCCAUGCUGCUGCAGAGCCCGCCAGCAGGGCACAGAUGCGCUUGUGCCCUUGGCGCUGGCUGCCUGGCAUUGUGGCGCAUGGCUUUGGGGGCAGCUGACCCCCUGGGGCCUCUGCUGCCCCCUGGUCCCAGACUCUGCCAGGACAGGCAUCAGUGCAGAAGCAAACUCAUAGUCCCUGCUCCUUGGCACAGGGGCAGCACAGGGUCGUGUGUUAGGCCAAGGGCAGAGUUGGUGCCGCCACCUGUGCCCUGGUGAGGGAGGGAAAGGUGUCGAAGGCCUUAAUCAUAUAUUGCUGGGAAAAAGGUUUUGUCCCAGGUUGAGCUGGACCGCUGUGCCUGCCGUGUGCUUCUGGAAAGGAGGCGCGGGGAGGGUGGGCUGGCUGGCUGGCGGCAUGACCAUCUGUCUCUGUUGUCCGGGGUUGGGUCCAGUCCUAUGGGCCAAGUGGGACCAGCCUGACAUUCCACUGAUGUGAAGUAUCACACUGCUUGGAGCCUAUUUAUUUUGUAUUUAUUUGAACAGAGUUAUGUCCUAACUAUUUUUAUAGAUUUGUUUAAUUAAUAGCCUGUCACUUUCAAGUUCCUUUUUUAUUCAUAUUUAUGUUCAUGGUUGAUUGUACCUUGCCAUCGCUGCCCAGUGAGGGUGGGGAAGGGGGAGAGGCAGGAGGGGACACUGGCCUGAUCCCUCCCAUCCCCUCCCUAUCCAUGCUGAUGUCACACCUGUGUCUGUCCAAAGAAAUUCCUCUUGGGCCUGGAGAUGAGGGGCGACAACAAGAAGUUGAGAUCUCAGGACUUGAUGUGGAAGGUUGAGCUCUGGACAGGGGAUUUCCUUUUCAUUUCUGAAUGAUAAGGCGGCGAGGUGCCUCUCACUGUGAAUUUGGGGUGAGGGCGGGGGUUGAUGGCCUGGGCAGCGAGUCCCUUGCCCCUGCCUGUGAAGUGGAUGCUUCCCUCCUGGCCUGCUGCUGCCCCUGCUUGAUAAUGCUGGUCACCUGGCCACUUGAUGGCACCUCCAUUACCCUAGGAUGACCUGAGGAGGAAGCUUUCCAUAGGCUGCAAAGAUCAAUGCAAAAAUCGUUACACAGAAGUAUACAGUUAUAACUGGAAUUUGUCAACAAGCAAGUUAGAGAAUUGGUUGGAACUUGUCAUUCAAAACAGCCUUCUAAUAAAGUUGUUUCAGAGCUGA